CUCUGAAAGUGAAAGAGAACAGAGGAGUUUGAGUAAGAAGCAGAAGAGGGAAACUUGGGUACGCCUGAAGACAACUGCUCCAUACACAUCUAAAAGUCUUACUUGGUCGGUGUGAAACAGAAGUCACCUUUACUGGAACACAGGAGGCGCGUGUAUUAGUUUCCUGGACGGAGGUUGGCUCUGAGCUCAGUGAGCUGAUCUUCAGGCCCGUGCAGGUGGAAGGGGGUCUAUGAUGGACAGGCUGAAGCUGUCCCGCAUAGAUGAGGAGCUGGACUCCUCUGAGGUGGCCUCCCUCUGCUUCUUGUGUAGUGAUGUCGUCACCAGGAAACGCCUGGAGGGGGUCCAGGAUGCUAAACAGCUCUUCUUAAGGCUGGAGGAAAGAGGUCUGCUGGACAAUGGCAUCUUUCUGUCUCAGCUGCUCCAUACAAUCGGUCGAGCAGACCUCCUCAGCCUCCUCGAGACGGACAGCAGGCGACCAGAAGAAAUGGACGCAAAUCCCCUUCUGUCAGCUUACAGGGUGAUGCUCUAUGAGACUGAUCAGAACAUGACUCAGAUGAACUUUGACAAGAUGGUGUUUCUUCUGGACGGCAAGCUGGACAAAAGACAACUUGAGAAAUGCAAGACAGCAAUGGAUGUGUUCGCUGAAAUGGAAAGGAGAAGUUUGCUGUCAAACCAAAAACUUGAUCUGUUGCUCACAACACUGCAGGAGUUUGACCAACAACUGGCAGCCACUGUGCAGCGCCACAUGCAAGGAUUAACCCAGCCUGUCGUCCCUCCUCAUAUCAGCAUGGAUUACCAGAGGGUCAACGACCCCCCUCAGGCCAUUGGCCCCCCCGGGUCCAUCACUGAUACUCAGUCCAGCUAUGAAGAAGAAAUCUUUACUGAUGCAGACCCAGUCAUAGAGCCUCCUUCUCUUCCUGAUGAGACGGACUAUUACCCCCUGAUUCAUAACCCUCGUGGUCAAUGUGUUGUCUUUAACAAUGAGAUUUUCUCUAAUGGGCUGGGGAAGAGAGCAGGGUCUGAGAAGGAUGAGGAGGCUCUGCGUGACGUGUUCGGCAAACUGGGCUUUACUGUCAAUGUUCAUCACAACCUGACUGCAGACGACAUGCUAAAGGAAGUGAAUGAGCUCAGCCAGAGGAGUUUUUUGACGGAGGAUGUCCUGGUGGUGUGCGUGCUUUCUCACGGAGAAUUGGGAAGUGUCUACGGGACUGAUGAGAAAGAGGUGCCUAUCAAAAAGCUGACUGUUCCCUUCACGAGCGGGCAAGUUCCCAGCUUAGCAGGAAAGCCCAAACUGUUCUUCAUCCAGGCAUGUCAGGGAAGCGGUUACCAGAGAGGAUCUGUGCCUGUUCCCCCGAGGCCGAGCCAGCAGAGCGGGGUCAGACAGAGCCGCCUGGAAGAAGAUGCCGGUCGCAUUCAGGAUGAUACGGUGCCCUGGGAUGCUGACUUCUUGCUGGGCAUGGCCACGGUGCCAGCGUGCAAGUCAUUUCGAAACACUUCCACGGGCUCCAUCUACAUCCAGGAGCUGUGCAGGCAGCUCCAUAAGUCAGCAAGGAGCCAGGAGAUGGAUGAUGUCCUGUCCAUGCUGACUCGUGUGAACAGGAUGGUCAGCAAAGGAGUGUUUCUAAAUCACAAGCAAAUGCCUGAGCCCAAGUACACCCUCACUAAGAAGCUCGUCCUCAAAUACGUUUGAUGUCAGAUGUGCCAAAUCUCAAGUUUCACAGACCAGACUUGUUUAAUGUGCAUAUGAACAUGUUCGUGUGUAUGUGUCUCUGUGUGAUUCAGCUGGAUGUAUGGAUUUGAAUGAAGAUGAUGUAUUAUCCAGAAAACAAAAAAGUAUCAUGAUAACAAACGUUACAGCAGCCAUAUGCAUGAAAUAUUAUUUUUAAAUGAUAAUUUACAUGUGAUUCAGGAGAAAAGACACUUUUUAAAAGAUUACUUUUGUCACAAUGUUAGGGAUCACAGUGAAGCAGAGGCAAUUGAUGCAGCAAGUGACUCAAAGCUGCAUAUUUUUGUAUAGUCAAUAAAACAAUAAAAUCAA